CGGGAAGUCGCGAUGGCAACUCGAUGUGCGUAGAUCCAUCCUGUCGCUCCGGCCGGUGAUGAGACGGACAACAACAAGCUGCCAUUCCUCGCCAUCUUCGACUCUUCACCCACCGUCUCUCCUCGCAUCCUACUCCAAUCGAUUCCUACCGACCCCGAUACCUAAUCCAAUACUCCCUCGGUAUUGUCAAUAGGCUGACGCCACGCCAACUCGAACGUGUUUCUCGUGUCCAUCUUGAAUUUCUACUCCUCUUUUCGUGCAUGAGCUUCUAUACAACAUGUACAUCGAGUCCGUCCUAGCCACCAGCGUAAUCGCCAUGCAAUUCCGUCAUUGAAUUCCUUAGCAUUCACCCCGUCGUUCUCGUCACCCGUUGCCGAGAGAAUGGACCGUGGCAAAGCAGACACCUUGGGUGCUCUGGCAACACGACCCAACGGAAACGCCUCCAGCAGCGGUCGCGGAAAUCUGGCACGGCCACUAUUCAGCACCCGACAGGCCUCGCAACACGACCCUUCCAAGCCCGACUCCAAAGAGAAUAUCAUAUCCGAUACCGAUGCCAGCGUCGGCACUAGCGCUCAUCCCAGACAUCCGCUCUACUCUAGCCCUAGAUACGUCCGCCACAGCGGUAGCUUAAGCACAUCGACCCAUCAACGUCCCGAGUCGCCGCGCGAGACGCGAAUACCCCGUCCGAAAAGCACAGCAUCAGUCACCCCUUCUCCCGUCCAGCAGGAGAGUCGGGGUCUAUCUCGGAAGCAGUUGGUCGACAUGCGACAGCCCAUGAGCUUCAAGUCUGCCUUCGAGCUGGCGAAAAAACAAGAGGCUGACGACCAACUGGACGAUGACACCUUCGACAUAAAACAAGCCUUCAACAUUGCUAGCGCCGAAAUGAACGGCCGUAUUCACGGCUCCCCUAGCCCGGCCCCGCGGAAUUCCUACGCGAGACGCGAAUCACACGGCGCAGCCUCUCAGAGGCCAUCGACCAGCCGGUCUACAAACGACGAUCUCGGAAGCCACCUGCGAAAAUUCGAUCGAUCCCACCAGCUGAAUGUGGGCGAUGGAUCGCGAAAUAACCUAUUCGGCAGGACUAGACGUGGGCCAAAUGCAUCCGAAACCGGUGAUAUUCCUGCUAUGAAGAACGUUAACGGCGGCGUUGGGGGUCUCCUUACCCGUCACCGGACAAGCCAAGCGGAGAUGUCAUCACGAAAAUCGGAUUCGGCGGUUGGCUCCGUCGGCCAGGAUCAUGUACGUGAGGCCACGCCUGUCCCGGCAAUCGAGUACAAGGAUGUCAGCGACCACCAGGCUUCCCCGGUGGACCGGUCUGCGCACCCAUCACUAGAGAAGAGUUAUAACUGGCAAUUAGACGCAGACUUCACAGCCGGAGACCUCCAAGUAUCCGACAGCCCUCGCAUACGAGCGGGUCGUUCUAAUGGAACCUCUCUCCGGGCACCGUCGAGUGCUACGAGCUCCCCGGUUAGCGGCACACCAAACUUCCGCCGUAGCAAUAAUCGUCUCGAUCAGAUUCGGCAAAAGGAAAUCGAAGCUGCAAACGCUAUCUUGUCCGAGGAUGAUCCGCCCCUAUCUAAGCGAACGAACAGCCGAUUGGACGAGUUACGUAUGCGAGAAAUGGAAGCUUUAUCUAAACGAUCCGUAGCGAUUAGCAGGCUCGACGAGAUACGCAUUAAGAAUUCGGAAGCACGUUCGGAUCAGCCGGACACGGGAAGAGAGCCUAGCGGGAGGAGUCUACGGGGAGGUUCGCUCCAGAUCGAAAACGAGCACAUGAAGACGUCGGAAGUUAAAGCAGAAUCAGGGGCGGGCGGAGAGGAAUUUCAUGACCCGCCUAUUAUCAUCCCCCGAAACACGAGCAAUCAUAGGCUUAGCGAUGUAUCUAAGGAGGAAAGAGACAACCCUAAUCCCCGGGAGAAUACAGCGGAGUCUCAAUUACCGCGAAAUGACUCUCACGACUUGCUUCGCCGCCUCGCACGAGCGACCAGCAACAGCCCGCCCGCCGAGAAGACGACCGAAAGACAAGCCGCCAUAAAUGACGGUCUCCAGACGAGGGACUCUGGAAAGAGAGAGGAGAGCCGCCCACGCUCGAGGCGAGCGGAGAGAAUAUCUAAAAACCUGGAGGUUAAGAGCUCCAGAGAGCGGCCGACGGUCGGAUUCGUAGGAUUAAAGAGAGAGGCGUUCAGCGAGUCCUCCAGAGAAAAGCGGCCGAGCCGAUCCGGUUCGGAGGCGGACCCUACGGACCGUAUCGAGGCCGAGAUGAAACUUUUUGCGCCUCUCGACAACAUGUCUGAGAAGAGCUCCCUCCGAGCGCCUUCGCCCAUUCUGACAGAGUUGAACGAUGAAGAGACCCCACGAGCCACCAAAGUCGACCCCCUGACGCAGCCGACACCGCGUGUUACUGGCGCAUACGUCGAAACCCCCGCCACUGUGAGAGUCAAGCAAGAGUCUGGUAGUCUGGACGACAAACAGCGGCCGGGCGGCCAUUCCAAAGCGUCGGACGCAGCACUAUCUGAGUCGCGCAACAGAAGCUCUAGCGAGCCGUGGAACAGAGAUAGUGUUGAGGAAGAGGACGAUGCAGAGGUUUCGGCAAAGCCACGUUCCUCCUCAGCGCCCACGUCUUCGCGACGCAUUAGAUCCGCCUCCAGGCGUCGCCGACCUCUCCGUAAUUUGACAAACACCGCCAAUCCACCGUCAGUCAAGGACGACAUUCGCGCCAUUCUACGCAUGAACCAGAUCGACGACUCAACGCUGGACGAUUUCGACUCGAUUCUCGCCGACCAAAACAUUGACGACGAAGAAUUGGAGAGGAUGAUGAAUGACACCAUGCACAAGAUUGACGAUGAUCUCGAACUUCCGGGCCUUUCGGAGCGGGAUCGCGAACUUCGCGUUUACGAUAGAAUGAGCAAAUCGCUCAAGACUGGUCUUCUCGGUAUCCGAUCCGCGAAGAAAGGAAUCGAACGUCUAGAGGAUAAAGUCACGCACACCGACCACAAGGCAGGCCGGACCAACACUGCUGCCCCGGAUCCGCCCGACCCGAAACCAGAAACGCGCGCCUCGACGAGGCCGGAUGGCCCGGCUCCGGUUUUCAUUUCGGUCCCCGCGCUGUACCGGAAGUCCCCCAGGUUUCGGCUAACGAAAAUGGGCCUGUUGACAAUCGUUGUUUUUGUAUGGUAUAUCGUCGAGUCCAUUUUCUGCUCCUUGUAUACCACACAGUAUCUCUGCACGCCGACGGUACCCUGCGAAUGGUCGCCAAACGAACCGUAUUUCCCGUAUGCGAUGCCAUUUAUGCUAGAUGAGUGGACUACGGGGGGGAAAGGGCGAGAACUCACUUGGUGGAUCGGGGAGCAAGUGGGAGACGCCCUGGCUGAGGCCUUGGAUUGGGUCACAGACACGGAUUUCACCCAGUUCGAUCCGCGGUAUAUGAACGUCUGGCAGCGCAAGCGGCAUUUGAGACGGCUGCGGAAGCACGGCUUGAGCCCAAAGUGGGUGAAACCGGCCGAUUACCAGCUCAAAUUCCCAGCAUGGAAUGCCGCACGUCUAGCUAGAGAGGCCGCUGAAGAGUUCGGGUACGGCUACGAGGAAGAGGACGAGAUGAUGAGUGCGGACGAGAGGGUGCGGUAAGACUAGUGCUACGCUCUGCGAUCGUGCUAAACUGCACGUAUGAAGGUCGGUUAUGCUUCUGUCACCCGGAAUCUCCUCUGUUUCCUCGGUUUCUAGAAGCUACGUAGCUUUCAGUAAGCGAGCGUGGUGUGGGCAUGGUGUGGGCGUUUUAGUAGCUUCGGCAGGGGAGAGCCGUCUUCACUUGGGCGGAGUUAAGGUGCAUGGACUACUCAGGCACUCUGUAAUAGUUGAUCAAAAUGCCAAUUCAUGACACACAUUACACAAAGAAGGGGGCGGUAGGAGGUUGCUUGCCUGUGUCGGGCUCUCGGACAUCACCAUGCUGAGUUUGGCUUUCGCUUUGGCUGCCGAUAUCGUCAUCAACCAACCCGAGCGGUAAGAUGCAAGAUUACCUUGUAGCAUUCGGGUUGUUUACAUCCCAUCAUAUCCGAU